AUGUCGAAUUUCCAAACUGGCUGCAAUUCUAUCUUAAAAAGGUCCUCUCAGAAUCCUUUUUUAUCCACUUUAGACCGAUCUCAGGUACUAGCUAGUCUUAAGGACGAAAAUCCCGUACUAAACCCCUCUCGAGUAGAAGAAAAGGAUGAUCGCUCCUUGUGCCUAUCAAACCUGACGAUGAUGGAGCCUAGCCUUAAGCAUCCUCGUCUUGAAAGCAGCGCAGGAGCUCUCAGCUCGAAGAAAUCUAGCGAAGGAGAAAACUUGUUUCCACGUGUUUGCGAGGGGUCUUCUUCAGAAGUGGCGGAUGCUGUUUAUUUCGAAUCGCUUUUAGGGCAAUUAGUUGGGGUCGAUUUGUUUCUCCGCUUCUCUGAUAUGGAGAGUGAAGGGAACGCUUUUCUAGAGGGAAUGCAGCGAAAACAGGAAGAGCUGUUUAGGUUGAAAAAACACAUUGAGGAGCUGAAUGCCCUUCGUUAUGUCGAGCAGAAGGACUUUGCGGAACGGAUGAAGAAUGUUCAGGGGCAAAUAACAAAGCUUUCGGCCAAAAAAGCGGCCUUGGAUAAAAUUCUAGGUUCUAGUACAAAGAAGAAUCUUCACCAGAAAGUCGUGCGCCAAUCACCGAACUCGAUUCUUCGUUUACUAGACGAAUGAAAAAUAAAAAAAAAA